AUGGCGAAGAAGCACCGUCCAAAAGCAAAGCGCUACCCAGAAGUCAAGCCCUUUCGCCUUCUGGACCUACCACCAGAGAUCUGGUCCAAGAUCGGAAUGAUGGCCAUAGAAGACACGCCUCCUUGCACCAACGCCUCGAUCGCUAGCGCCAAGUCGCCGCCGACACGACACCGCACAUUCAAGUCGAGCAGCCCCGACAUCCCGACUCCCGCCAUACAGAUCACAUGCAAUCUCUCCGUCCCACUCACCAGUCAACAGCCUCCCAUCACCCGAGUCUGCAGAGUCCUCCGCGAGGAGCUACUAUCGCAAUACUACAGAACGAAGGUCAGGCUCUCCCUCGUAUACUACGACGCCGAAGCAAGCACCAUGGGCAAAUGGCUCAGAUCUAUCGGGCCCGAGAAUCGACGCUUGGUCAAUCGCGUUGGUAUUGCUUUGAGUCCGUGGGAGUGCUCCGUGCCUCAUGGCCCGGAGGGUGCCGGGGCCUUGGAGCAAAUGCUGAAGAGGGAUUGGAAGGUCGAUGUCGAAAUCGAGCUCGGCCCGUCGACUAGAACUUGGUUCCCAAGGACAAGGAGAGGCAACAUUGAGUUGUUGUAA